CCAAGGAAAGAUGGCGGAACGUGUGAAAUUAAGUUUCAGCCAAUAAUGGGUUGCAACUCUGUAUUGGAUCCACGACGGUACUCUAUAAAAAGCUUGUAAAGUAGUUGGCAGCUCUGUGUCAACUUAUAUUAUUGUUGAUUUGUGUGACGAAUUUGUAUGAAAACAUCGGAAAAUGCAGUGUGAAUAGCUGCAGGUAAUUCCACACAAUUAAUAGUAGAAAAUAAAUUACAAUUUAAUUGACAUACAACACACGGUUUUAAAAAGCAAUGGAGAGAUGAGAAAAUACAUACACUGUUUUGUACACUAUGCAGUUUAAUGAAGCAAACCCAUUGGCAGCAUCGUGCUUGGGAAUUGCUGCUCGAGUGGGGAAUGAGAAAGCUGUUCAGAAAUUGUUGAAGGGUGGUCGACACGUGAAUAUUGGGGAUAACCGAGGUUGGACACCCCUUCACGAGGCUGCAGCAGCAAGUAACAUUGGUUGCCUCCAUUUGCUGCUUAAGAAAGGUCGUCGGUAUGUGAAUCAGAGGACUAUGGAAGGAGAGACACCACUGUUGUUGGCAUGCAUGCAUCAAGAUAGCAUGGAACUUGUAUGCAUGUUGCUUAAUCAUGGUGCAGAUGUUAAACUGGGGAAUAAUGAAAAUCAUACACCACUCCAUGAAGUCUGUAAAAAUGGAAAAUUCCAGCUGGCAAAAAUAUUAAUUGAAGCUCGAGCCAACUUGAAUGAGAAAAACUACAACGAUAUGACUCCACUGCAUUUUGCAGUGUCUUCAGAAAAUGCGACACUGGUAAAUUACCUUAUCAGUAAAGGGGCUGAUGUCAGUAUUCAGGAUGAAGUUGGUCGAACUCCAUUGUUCUUGGCCUCAGAACUGGGGAACUGGAAUGUGGCAGAGCCUAUUGUAACUGCAUGCCAGUCUGUGGACACACGCUAUACAACAUACAGGGCAGUGGAUGGAGCUACAGCACUUAUGCUUGCUGCCCAGCAUGGGAACUUGAAACUAGUAGAAGAACUACUGGAAAAGGGUGCUAAUCCAAAUGUGGCAGCUAAUGAUCACACUACAGCCCUCCAUCUUGCCAUACAUUCAGGACAUCUAAGUAUUGUGAAGUUGCUUCUAAAAGUCACAAGCAGAGAUUCGUUGUUUCACCAGUGCACACAUCCUAAUGCAGAUGUAAGUCGCAGUCUGUGUUGCCUUGCAAUUGAUAGUGGAUGCUUGGAUGUAUUGAAGAUACUGCUGUCAAGUGACCUGGGAAAUGAAAUUCUGCAUCUUCCAGUAUGCUAUGAUGCAACCCCAAAAAGCCAGCCACGCCUUGAGCUGCUUUACUCUGAAUGUUCACCAGUCAGUUUCCUGCUGUCUACCAAGAUGGACGAGUUAAAAGAUGACAUCAUUGUAUACCUUGAUCUGCUUCUCAGUCAUGGUUUCCCAGUAAAUGUUACAAAAAGACAGUCCCUGCCACCAUUAGUUGCUGCCAUGUUGGAGCCCUCACAUAAGCAUCUCUCAUCUCACUGUGUGGAUAUGCUUUUGGCUCAUGGAGCUGAUAUUGACUAUACCACAACCUGUGCCAGAGUUCCUGACCCUCUUCUAGCAGCAUGUGUGUCAGGUCAUUGCUCUGGGGUACUGCAGUUGUUACGCGCUGGCAGCAAUGGUUUGCCAGAUGAUUUGUUAAGACGGCUUGUGAUGCAUGACCAUCUGGAUCCACCAACCCCCAUGUUAAUAAAUGUGGUCCUGCUUCUGCUAAAGCUUGGCAUCACGGAGCCUGAUCUGUAUUGCAAGCUGCAACAGUACUUCCCUGAGACCAGCAGUAAUAUUCAAAUAAAGGCUGUUGCUGAAUUAUUGGCUCCAGUUCAGAUGUGUUCUCUUCAGCAAUUGUGUCGAGUAGCAGUGAGGCGGUGCCUUAGUCAACCAUUAAGCCAGGCAUUGAAACAACUCCCAGUGCCUCACUGUAUAAAGAACUACCUAACAUAUGAAACAUUGUAAAGAAAUUAAAUUGUUGAAAGUUUCUUUAACCCUGUAACUCCAUGUGCUUUUCCUGUAUGUUAUGUAUGAGGCAAUAAGAAAACCACUCCAUUAUUUAUUCCAAUACAGUUCCAUAGAACAGAAUAAAAAAACUUCUAUACAAGGAAUCUAAAUGAUAAUAAAUGUCAGGUUUUGACUUUAAAAUUUAUAAAAUAUUUGGGGGAGGGUGAGAACCAGUAAAGCAUAUCCUCUUCUGAGUUGAUUUAUUUACAUUUUAUUCAUGCUGUAUGCAGAUUUUUUAUUAGUUGUUUAUUUGGUUAUUUUUUAAUCUGUUUACUUUUUUAUUUUAAGACAGUGAUGAUCUUUGGGAUGUUCUGUCUGUAGUUGGGAAGAAAUUGUUCAAACUUGAAAUAACACUAAUUGUUUCAGUUGUUUCUGUUUUGUAGUAAGAAACUGGCUAAUGUUUCUCAACGCGUGAUGGAUUUAAAGGAACAUGCACAUUAUGAAUAAAUAUAGGUAUCAACUUAAGUUUAGUAUUUUAAGUCUAAAACUGAGUAGGCACCUCUAACAGAUGUUCUGGUAUAAAUAAAUGUCUAUAAACAAACUGGCUUACUGAAUACCCAAUAUGCACCUAAACCUAUAUUUAGUUCAAUAUUAGAAUCUAUUUUGCCACUGACCAAACUAAACUGUAACUACAAUAUAUAAUUCCAUAGACCAGAGUCCUUCCUGUGAAAUCUGUAUUCGCUGCUAAUAAAAAAAUUUACUGCCUUUUAUGGAACCCAAAGCUUCAUUACCAUGUUAACAAGAGCCCACCAACAGUUUCUAUCCUGAACCAGAUAAAUGCAGUCAACACCCUCCCUCCCUAAGAUCUAUUUUAAUAUUACCCUACUAUCUAUGCCUAGGUCGUCCCUUCCCCGAAAGCUUUCCAACCAAAAUGAUGUUCGCACGUUUCAUCUCCCUGAUCAUCUUAAUUUUUAGUGAAGAUUAUGAAUUAUGGAGCUCCUCAUUAUAGUCUGCUUCACCCUCUUGGCACUUCACCCCCCUCUUUUAAUGACUGCCCUUCCCUUAAUGUAAGGAGACAAAGGUUUCACACCCAUAAAUAUUACUGUUAAAUGUUAAAUAAAAGUCAUACAACAAUGUAGUGCAUCAUAUAUAGAGUGGAAAGGAUUCAGCAGUGUGCAGAUCUAUAAAAUAUAUUCAUUUGCACCCAUUUUUUCCAGAAUGUUACAUCCUUAGGUUUUAGGUCUACAGAGUUCUAAUAUAUGGUGUAAAUGAGAGGUCUGUAACCAAGGUCUUCACCAAUCUUCCUAUUCUAAUGUAAGACCUCAUAAAGCACAAUGCUUUCUAUUAUAGUAAUUGAGUUACACUUAUUAUCUUUUCUGUGCCAAGGCUUAGGCAGUUCUCGGCACACAUCAAUGUGAGAUGCCAACAUAAACACACUGAACACAUUUCCACAGCAACUAUGGAAAUAAACAUGUAAUAGUGACACAAUAUCCACAACUUGAGGUAACAAUAUUUGCAGCAUGGAGAUUCUCCACAUUCAAAUCAAGUUUCAGAAAAUCUGCUUAAUAAUAUGGUGCACCCUGGGCAUCUUUGACAGCAAAAAGGUGAAUAAAAAUGACACACAACCCCACAGAUGAUUCUGUCUAGAGGUUGUAUUUAGGUUAAUGAUAUAAAAUCAAUGUACCUGUCAUUAGAAAAUAAAUAAAUAUUAUCUA